AUGUUGACUUCUUACGCAAAUGCGACCCUUCUACACUCGUCGUCUCUCUACCUAAAUAUCAAUAUCUUCUGCUCUUGCAGCUACAGUGAAGAACUAAUCUGGAACGGCACAUUGCCAUGUACCCCUACUAAUAGACACCCCGAGUUUCUCUUAUACCGUGCAAUUGAGCCUUGGUCGACCCCUGCCAAACGGGCAUUCUCUACUAGACCCGUCUACGAUGCACAAGACUCCCUCGAGCCCGUGACUGAGCCAUCUCGGAUUGAUAAAAUCAGAAAUGCCUACUCUAACCCAUACCCACGGCUAGCUGUACAUCCGCAGUACUCAACGUGCGAGGUUUUCCGCUCCAAAUAUGAUCAUCUUUUGCCAAAAGAUAUACUAGGACAGGAUCUUGUCGUUCUUUAUGGUAGAGUUCGCUCUCAACGCAUAGUCGGAUCCGGCCUUGUUUUCUUCGAUUUAUGGCAGAAUGGGCAUAAAGUCCAGAUCUUAUGCAAUUACAACAAACUCGAGUCAACUGGUAUAACACAGCAGGAAUUUCGAGGAUUUUAUAACCUCCUGCAAAGGGGAGAUGUCUACUCCAUUGUUGGACAACCGCACCGGACUGCCAGGGGAGAAUUAACGCUCCUUGCAAGCGAGUUGCCAAAGCUCAUGUCCCCUUGUCUUCAUGUUGUGCCUGUCGAUACGAAAAAACACGAAGUGUCUCCAUAUGAACGCCACGUUCAACUCCUUGCCGACCACGGUGCGGCAGAUGUUCUUCGAAUUCGCUCCACCAUAAUCCAACACAUUCGUAAUUUCUUCCUGAAACGAAGCUUUAUUGAAGUAAAUACUCCUAUAAUAGCAUCAGCCGUAGGAGGGGCUAUAGCAAAGCCCUUUCAUACCACGGCUUCUGAAUUUCCCAAACAAGCGCUGUCAUUGAGAAUUGCGCCGGAAUUAUGGUUAAAGCGACUUAUAGUGGGUGGUUUUGAUCGAAUAUUCGAGAUAGGUCCUUCAUUUCGAAACGAAGGGCUCGAUAAAACCCACAAUCCAGAAUUCACUACAUGCGAAUUCUACCAGACCUUUGCCGACCUCGAGUGUCUGAUGAGGAUGACUGAGGACCUCUUGGCAGGACUCUCCGAGGAACUUUCAUGCUCAGAUGGGAAACUGAGUACUUUAAACCCCACGGGUGCUAAUUUUGAGACGCCAUUCCGUCGACUCGAUUUCAUACCCGCCCUAGAAAAUGCUAUGGGUCAUUCACUUCCGGAUCUAAAAUCAGUGGAUGCCACUACAAUGGUAGUAGAGAUGUUUAGCAAGCUAGUGAUUCCGCUACCAGACCACGUAUCACUUCCUAGACUGUUAGACAAGCUCUGCGCUGUGUAUCUUGAGCCACAGUGCACCAACCCCACGUUUAUAAUGAAUCAUCCGGAAUGCAUGUCGCCUUUAUCUAAAUCUUAUACCCAUCCGGCAUGUAAUCAAGUUGUCGCUGCACGUGCCGAAUUAUUCGUCGAAGGAAAAGAGGUUGUGAAUGCAUACGAGGAAGAAAACUCACCAUUUGAGCAAAGACGGAAAUUUCAGGAUCAACUUCUUCACCGAGAUCCUGAAAAUCCCGGAGAGCUGGACGAAAGCUACCUGCAGGCAUUGGAGUGGGGUCUUCCACCAACUGGUGGAUGGGGGUGUGGUAUCGAUCGAUUGGUAAUGCUAUUCACUGGCGUUCAUCGAAUUGGUGACGUUUUGAGCUUUGGAAAUCUGCGGAGCGUAGCAAGAUUACAUGGUCCCACUCAUCCUAGUUCCAGGUCUCCAGAUGCCUAG